AUGAGUGAACCGAAUAAUAUGAACAAUUAUAUCGGACAUUACAACAACAUUUGUCAAUCGACUUACCCGGAAGACGUUAAUUCUGACGACGCCAAUCUUCCAAGUCACCAAUCUCAUACUCAAGAUUUCCUUCCUUCUGUUGCCUCCGUUUCUCUCUCCGAUAAUGUCGAUGUGAUGUUUAAUACUAUGAAUGCUAUGGACUGCGAAAAUACCGGGGAUUAUACGGGCAAUUAUGCAUCAUAUCAAGACUAUCCCUCAGAUUCUUAUUAUACCCACAUUAAUGGACAGUUGAAUUCGAAUCCCGAUCAAGCCGAAACUCAUUCAAACAGCUCUUGUCCGCUCCCAGUAUCUUUUCAAACAUUAUAUGGCUCUACCAACAUUUAUUCCGAUGCGAUGAACGACGACGGUCCCACAGAUAAUUGUUUUGGUAUGAUCAACAAUUCAUCUACUUCGUAUGUUUUUACGCACGAUCCCACAGGCACCGGAUAUGUUGUUACGAAAGUAGAACAUACUCAAUUAGUAUUAGGCAGGAUGUCGGCUGCUGACUUUAACCAGAUGUUGGCUACAACUCGAAUGUGA